AUGUACACGAAUACGAUGACAAGCGCAGCUUCUGCUAACGACGGCACGGUCGACCCUUCCAUCUGGACUAUAGUUACACACUCCCAGCAAAAAUGUGGUACCUGCAAGAACGAUCUCACCAUCGAUGACAAGAAGAAGGGCUCCAGCCAGUACUGGAAGAAUUGCCAGACAUGUCGAGAAAAAGCAACUGCAUCACAGCGUAAGAGGAGGGCUUCGAAGGCCGCAGCAACCACCGAUGCAACCACAGGUACACAAGAGAAGAGGCGAAAGAACUUCGACAGGUCUCACGCUAUCAAAGACUUUCCGUCACUGUUGCCAGUUGACGAUCAACACCUGGCGCCAGCAUCGUAUAGACCUGGCUUUGCUCAAGUCACCGGGGACGACAACAGAAUAGUAGCCCAAGAAGACUACAAAGCACAAACAAGCAUCGACAAAGUUUCUGACAAACCCACGAAGCCCACAGUAUUGAAGCCAGCGACUGAGAAGGAGUGCAGCAUCUGUGCCGAGCCCCUUCCAGCAGAAGAAUUUCCUGACCUCGUAGAUUGCAACCACGACACUGACUUCUGCCUUGGAUGUUUCCUUCGGUGGCUGGGUGAUAAGGUGGGAAAUGCGACCACCGUCAUGUGUCCGUCAAGCAGAUGCAGUCAUGCAGUCACCCAUGAAGACGUGCGCAGACACGCACCACAAGAUGUGUUCACUCGGUUUGACGAGCUAUCCAUGCGUACUUUCUUGAACGCCGAAACCAAUUUCGUCUACUGCCUCACCGAAGGUUGCCAAUCAGGGCAGAUCCACGAUACCGGAGUGGAAGGCCCAAUCUUCCGCUGUGCCGCAUGUGGAUAUCGCAUGUGCACUGCCCACGACCCCGUCAUACCUUUCCACGAGAAUGAGGCGUGCACGCAGUACAACGAGCGCGUCGAGCUUGAGAGAGUCGAGCGCGAAGCUAGAGACGAAAGGGUGCGAGUCAGAAGAGAGCAAGAUGAAGCGAGCGCUGCCGAGGCCGGGAGGUCAUCCGUAGAAUGUCCGGGUUGUGGAGUACAGAUCCAGAAGAUCGAUGGUUGCGAUCAUAUGACCUGUCGUUGGAAGGGAUGCAUGUACCAGUUCUGCUACAUUUAUCGAGCACCAUACGUUGGCGCAAAAGGCAUUAACCAGGUUGGUAACUCAGCGCACACUGAAAGCUGUUUAUACCACCCAAAAAUGCUACCUGCAUAUCGGGGUCGUUUGUGGAUGAUGAUGCAUGGCCAUGAUGGAAAUGAAGGUUUUUAG